AUGAACAAUAGUAUUAAUAAUAGCAAUGAAUUGAUUUCUAAGGUUUCUGUUGACACUGGUCUUAGUACUGCUUGGUUAUUAGCUACUCUUGGAUCCAAAACAACGUAUAGGAGGUUGGUGAGGAAGGAUAUACUAAGUAUCUCAAUUCCUCAGACAUGCGAUAUCAUUGGUAAUCCUCAAUCAACAAUCCCUUUAAGAUUGUCAUCUAACCUAUUAUAUGGGGUUUCAUUAAUGUAUAAGCAAAAAAUAGAUUAUUUUUUAAGUGAUGUAUCGCUUAUCAAAACCAAACUCCAGAAAGAGAUUUUUUUAAAUACAUUAACAAAUAAACAAAACUUCACGGUUAUUAAUAUUAAUCACCUGCAAUAUGAUAAUUUUAAGGCCCGAGAUCACAAUCAGAUAUUUCUCAAGGAAGAUCCGUUCUUUGACGUUAGCAAAGAUUUGUUUAAACCGUACACAGGGUCGGAAGUGCAGGAUGAACGUAGAAUACGAAUUCAACAACUAGAUCAGCAGCUUUAUUAUGAUACGAAUCAUUCUUUGUUUGCUUCUACUACUGGCCAAAUCACGAUAGUGCCAGAUGUGCAUACUAAGACGAUUGAGAAUUUUAUGGAUCAAGAAUUGCACACGCUAGAUGAAUUGAGCGAAAGUCUCAAAUCGGAUGCUGCAGUGGAUUUUGAAUUUGGCGAUGAUGGAAAAAUAGUGGACAUAAAUACUGACAACAAAGUACAGGAAGAUGAAGAUUUAAGUAUAAUUGACUUUGAUCAAAUAAUUGAGAGGAGCGAGGAUUCAAUUGAUAGUAUAACUGGUGGAGCCUAUGAGAAAACUAUAACAAAUGACAAAACUUUCCAUAUGUCGCAUGACACACAUACUAAUCAAACAACAAUUUUAGAUACAAAGAAAUCGACAAAGCGCAAACGAAACUAUAAAAAGGUAAUAAUUGAUGAUAGUAUGAAAAUUUCUUCAAGUGAAUUGAAAAAUUUUAGAGAUAGUUAUGACACUAUCAUGAAUAUUCAUAAUAAAAGACUAAAACUUGCAACUUUAGCAAAAGAAAGAUUUUCAACUGUUAAUGAAUUACUCUACGAAGAAAAUAAUAAGGAGCCAUUUGCAACGAAGUACACUUGCAAGUAUAUAUUUGGUCACGAUGUAACAGGUAACAUUCAAUUAAAUCCAAGAAUACCUAAAAGAUACAAUUCUAAACAAUUGAGUGAAGACCUUGAAUUUGGUAGAAAUAUUGAACCCCGAAUCAAUGAUGAAGAAAUGGAUAAAUUCAACUUUGAAAUCGAACAAGACAUACCUCUAGAAUUCAACGAUCUGCAGGAUAUAUUUGAUUUAUCCUUUCCUGAAAUUAAUAACAGUGAACUUAGAAGUAGGAGUAGAAGUAGGCCAGGAAGCAAACGGUCCCGUUCUAAGUCAACUAGAUCAUCCAGCGUACCAAACGAUCAGGAGUUCCUAGAAGAAAGUCUUGAUUAUACACCCGGUGCUCCUCACUUGUUAACACAGCGAAUUAGUUCACAAACUAAGAUAACGGCUACGUUGAUUAAGUUUUUGAAUUUUUUGCAGUCAAGAAGUAUUUUAUUGGGAGAACACAUUAAAGCCGACUGCAAGUUGAGCAGAAAUUACUUUCAACAUGUCAACAAAGAAGUGUCUAAUUCGAAUGAAGUAGUGUAUUCCAAAAUCAAAUUCUCGACUCUAAUCCCGCUGCUUAAAAGUAAGCUACAAAAUGGAACCGAGACUCCAGUCAAUCGAAACUUGGCCGCGAACUCAUUUUCCAGUAUAUUAGAAUUAGCGACAAGAAACUACAUUAUGCUUGAGGCCGAGAACAAUAGAAACUUGCAGACCGGAGAUGAAAUUGAAAUUCUUAUUGAAAUUUAA